GCCAUGCUGUGUAGAACUUCCUCAAGCCCGAAGCAAGUUAGGCAGAAUGUUGGUGGCGAAUGAUGGUCCAGGCCCGUGCGGCCUAGCUGCUAAGACUGCGUCGAGGCCAGUCUUUUUUGAUGUUGGGAUUAACGAAGGCUCUAGCAGGCCAGGCCAAUGGUCUUUGCCCUGUUCGAGAUGCCCUGAGUAUAUUAAGCCUAACGGCUGCUUAUUCCAACCUUGAUCCUCGCGAAUUAUUGCGGCGAUUGAAGCCGAGCAGCUAUCCCCGCAUCAAAGCUCAGAUUCCCUUUCACUAAAGUGGUGCCGUCAUGGCGCAAAUGAACACUAGAGAGCCCGGGGCUGCGGAUUUUGAUGUCGAAACCCAAGAACGAGACGCUGCGAGCUUACAAAACCCACACCGCGAAAUCUUAACACGGGCCAUUCUCAAUGUCCUGUCAGGUCCAAUCGCAAAGAUAACCUAUGGCCAGAUUGUGAACGGGCUUCCUCUUUCUGAAGUCACGUUGGAUAGUUACGAGGGUACCAUUGCUCGUGGACAUCCCCUACUUGAUCAACAUCUGGAGCUGUCCUCAAAAGUUCUCGACAAGCUCGAUCAGCUCUACUCGACCUUUGACCCUGAAACAUUAAGAAUGAGCUCGACGCUUCUCUCUGCUUUCCGAGCUGCUAGUCCUGGGUCCAGAGCCUUUCACAUACGCCUAAUUGGGCUAGUCGCUAGAUCCGUUCAUCAGAUUGCCGUCUUGCUGUUCAAGCAGAGUCAGAUACGUCCUGAAAGCGACCCUCUCCUAUCGUGGCGGCCGAGCGAGGAUUCAAUGUCCCGCUCGUAUCCAAAGGGAUUUCCCCCGACCUUUUUUGCGCACAAAUGGUACCGGGACUAUGACCAAUAUCCUGAAGGCGUCGCUGAUGGUGUGGGAUAUUGGGCUGAAUCACGUAUACUAGGGGGGGUGGUUGUAUUCGACAGACGAACACCUGGGUCCGCGGAAGACGUCGAGACCGAUGCGAUAUACUUGCAUUCUGACAACCGAGACGGUACGUAUCGUAUCUACCGUCUACUUGACAACCAGAAGCAACAGCUGUUACAGUUUUUGCUCUCUGAAGUGCCACCAUCAUCAUGCCCGCUUCCAAUCCAUGGCAAUAUGGAUAACCGCAACCGUGUCGACCCUGAGGAACCGAUGAAAGACACAGGGAUCUAUCGUGACAAAUGGGAACGUAAAUUGCGGCCGGAUGAUGAGGGGGAUGCUCGUCUUAGGGAUGUCAUAGAUGAUUUCAACUACGUAUCAUACGACGAAUGGGCAGAUGCGCAAUACCGGGCGAUGAUAAUGAGAGAAAGACGUGAGCUAGGAGAGCAUCUUGCGUGGUAACUACCCAGGUGUUUUUGUAAACUAAUACAACAAUGAUCGUUCAUCAUGACGACCUU